AGAAAAUGGAAGCUAACAUGCAGGCUAUGGAAGAGUUAGUUGAGUUGGAGCCAUCAGAUGCAGCAGAUAAGGCGAUUUUCAGUCGAAUAGUUAAACUCGCUAACAAACGUCUGCCAGAGGGUUGGAAACAGUGGAAAGUCUUUUCGUUCAAUAGGGAGAGUCUACUAGGAAAGGACUAUGAUCCCCACGUUCUCAACAAAAUUAGAUUCGCACUUCCUACAGUAGAAAUGGUACAAGCAUUUAACCCAGAAGCUACACACGUUUCAGAGAAGGGGUACAGAGAGAUGAAACUAAGCAUGCUAAAAUGGCCGUUUUGUAUUGGCCUGAUUAUAAGCCCAUCAAGCCUGGCUUCUUGCGUGAGGGGAUCUACAGCGCAAAAUGAGCUGGUGGUAGCGGCUGUUAGCAAUUUAAAGCAUUUGAUGGAUGGAGAUAAUUUAAGUUUAAAUACCAGGGGAUCGAGGAGUAAAGAUCGAAGUCAGAGUAGGGUUUCUGAGGUGUCCGAUAGGGGCCGAAUUGAUAAGUUAGAAAAGUCUACUGAAGAAUUAAAGCACAUGUUUCAGUCGUUUAUGGAGGCCUUUAACAAUCAUUCUGAAAGAGCUACACCUGAUACAGAAAUCGAUCGCUUAGACGCCUCGUCAAUACAUGAUCAAUCGGAUGGCUCAGAAGAGGUUUAUAAUUCAAAAGACUUACCACCUUUGUUGGAUUUGGAAUUAGAAGAGGAAGUCGAAGACGACCUUCCUGUCGACUUCGCUCCGCAAACCAGGGAACAGGAACCAUCUAUUCCUCCAGCAAAGCCUCAUAUUAAAUCUCAGGGCAUUGAUUGCUUAAGAUUAGGAAAAACUUUCUUUAAUCGGGUUAGAUACGCCGAUGUCCAGAAAAAACUCCAGGCCUCACCUGUGUUUUGCGCCCUAAACAAUCAGCUAUUGCCUAGGGUUUCGAACAACGCCUCUUUUGAUCAGCUUUCAAAAACAGAUUUGACAUUGGGCACUAUUCUUCAUGGUCUCCUGAUGCAAAGGGAUUCUUUUGCCGAAGCUAUGAAAAAGCUUGUGGGAAAACACCCUUCUAUUAAAAGGGAUGUGCAAGAGCUUUUGGUUGGGCCGGAAUCACAGUUCCGUCAAAAUUCUGAUGACGUUUUGCAGUACGUUUCAGGAAGAAGAUCAGAAGUAAUUGAUCAAAGAAGAAAAUUCUUUUUCCAAAAGAAUUCUCAGAUGAACUUUCUUCUUGAAGAUAUGGCUAGUAAACGCAAUCGAGAACCAUUAUCAUUCAAACUUGUGGGUAUGACGGAAGAAGACUUGUACAACGAAAUUGACAAUCUUGAUAAAUCAGACAGUGAAUAUGUCAAUCUUCCAUCAGACAAAGGCUCCGAUAAUGAUAGUGAUUUUGAAGAUCCAGAUCAGGAGUUGGACAUUUUACCACCAUCUGACGAAAUAGUUAUAACAGCAGGACCUAAGCCUCACGCGAAGUUGAAUGGGCCUCAAAGAAAAGGAUCCGCGUGCAAAGGGCUCAACUACGAAGGCAAAAUUCACAAGGUUUGGACUUCCAUCAUCCGUAUAUCUCCAGUUCAGGGACAACGGUUUCUUCUGCGUUUUACGCACAGAGCACGUGGCAGAAUUUGGCAGCAGGGCUCAGGCGGCAACGAAGCAGACAAGAUGAUAUUUGUCUUUUUAACUCUGCCACUACUCCUUCAGGCGCCUUUUAAAGGCAAAGGAGCAGAUCGCUGGAAACCCUGCAAAGUGGAAUUACAAAAAGAAGGAAUUAAUAAUGAAUAUUUUGACCUGCUGGGCGAAACUGACAAGAUUAGGCCCUAG